GCCUCCAAGGCUCAAACCACAAAACCUUGACUCAAACAGCUCGACAUUCAGUCAUUUGUCCGUUCGGUUAUCAACCGUCUCAAAAACCCCUUUUAUAAAACCCUCCUUAAUUCUCAUUUCCUUCCCCUUCAUUCUUCAAUCUUCAAUCAAUUUUUAAAUUUUCAAUUUCUGCUUUCUUUCUGUAAUAUUGUGAACCUCCAAUUUCCUCUCUCCUUCUCUCCUUGUUCUUUGAUUCUGAGCAGUGUAACAAUGGCGGAAGAAUCACCAUUCACAUCACCUGAAACCUCUCCUCAUUCCCACAAACGAAGAAUCACUGAUAUGGUCUCUCCUCCUUCAGACCACGAACCCCUCAAUUCGUUACACCCAGUUCCUACUCUCUCUCUUCCUUCAUCUUUGGAAGCCAAACCCUCAAUUCUUGAAGUGGGUAUUGCUGAAACCCAGAAAACUGAUUCUUCCCCAGAACAAUCCCCAAAAAAGGCGAAGCUCUCUCUUUCUGAAGACGGUGUUAUGACUGAUGAAUCUCUCCAAGAUUCUGGGAAUUUUGCUGAAAUUGAACAAUCAGGUGUUAAUUCCAAGGAACUGUUGAAUCUUGAUGGAAAGGAUGAACUUCCUCAAUCUGAUUUGGGGGAAAUUGAUGAGGGUUCUGAUGAAUUUGUUGGAGUUAAAGAUGAAUAUUCCUCGGAAAAUCAAUCUGUUGAAGCUGUAAGUGAGGUUGUGCAAUUGGAAUCUGCAAAAAAGGGGGAGAAUUUUAAUGGGAUUUUGCAGAAAUUGGUAAAGGGUGAAGAUUCAACAAGUUCAUUGAAGAUUGAGUUGAUUGACGGAACUUUGCUUCUUGGGGUUGGUGCUCCAUUCGUUGAUGAUGUAACAAUGGCUGAAGCGAAGCGAAAUCGAAGGAAGGGGAAGAAGAGUAAUGCAAGAACCAACACUGGUUUUGUAGCUGCUGAUUUGAAUGGAGAAAAGAGAAAGUGUAUGUACUCAAGGAAAGAUAUGGAGGUGAUGAGAUAUGUGAAUGUUAAAGGUCAGAAGAAGUUUUGGUUUGAAAUUUACAAUGGAUUUUCUGCUGUUGUGAAGAAGGAGUAUGAUGAAUUGGGUAGUUUUAAGAAUCAACAGACUGGUGGUGGUAGGAAGAACUUUAACAAUGGAGGAUUUCUGGGUACUUCUUGCUCACAUGUUCCUACUUUCAAAAACCAAGGAUUUUUGGGAGAAUCGUGUUCAGGAAAUGCAAGUUGUGAUGCAGAAAUUAUUAGUUCUGCAAAUUGUACUUGUGAGGGGGACCAUAGUGGCAAGGAUGGUGAUGAUUUGGUAGGGGAUUGGAGUGAAGAUGAAGAGAGUGAUGAUGAAUUUGAGGGCAUUCAUAGACCUGCUUUUAAGGUUGAAGGUGAACCAGAUUUUGAAUCUGGGCCACCUGAAGAUGGAUUAGAAUACCUGAGACGUGUCAGGUGGGAAGCUAAGCAUAUUCCAAAAGUUAAGAUAGCCAAGCUUGAUAUCAAAGUCAAGGACCAGAGUGUUUACAUGCCCGAUAUUCCUGAUAUCAAGGAGUGCCCUCCACAACUUGUUCCACAGAGGCCAUGGGUGGAUGAGUUCAUUACUGAUUUUUCGAAGUUGAGGCUGGAUCUAUCAAGCCUUCAGAAUACCAGUGAUGCUGUUUCUGCCGACUCAGAAUCAGUUAUUUUUGCUAACCAUAAACUCAAGAGUAACACCUCUCCUAAUUUAGCGUCACUUAAGCUGACAUCAGGAGCUCCAACAUUAUCUGCAGUCUUAGCAAUGGACCCUAUAACUAGAGUCACAAUGCUGAGAAGACGCAUAAGCUUGUUUGAGAGUGCAAGUGAUUUGUCAAAGGAAGAUUGUGCAUGGCUCUUUGCUCUGUGUGCAGUAAUUGAGACUCCAUUGGAUGCUGAUACUUGUGCAUCUCUCCGCUGUUUGCUUCGAAGUUGUGCUAAGUUGCGGGCUGAAAAGGCUGAAAUUGAUGAUGAGGUCAUAAUGCUAAAUGUCUUGGCAACCAUUUCUGGGAAGUUUUUUGGACAGUCAGGAAAUUGAUGAGUUAUGUUAUACAAAUUUUGAUUAAGCUUAUAUUGCCCUAUGAUCAGUUUUACUAAAUUUGUAUUAAUUGUAUACUGUGGGAUAAUUUUGACACUGUAUUUAUGUUAGUCCCAAUUUAUAUGUGUUA